GGCCUCCGCCUUGAACAUCUAUCUCCUGUCCUCUCCUUCAGCUAUGGAAACAUGGAAACCGAUCCUCUAGACCCAGAAUAUGUUAAUGAACGGCUAUCCAAACCACCAUUUGUCUCGAUUCCCGGCGUCGUCAACAUCCGUGACCUGGGCAGCUAUCCGAGCACUACAUAUCCCGGACGGGUGACUAGACCAAGACUGUUAUACCGCUCGGCGGAAAUAUCGAACAUUACAGAAGAAGGAAAAGCCAGAUUGAAGGAGUUAGGCAUCACCAAAGUGUUCGAUCUGCGUUCAGAUCCAGAGAUAGAGAGAUACAAAACACCUUGCCCCGACAUCGAUGGCGUCGAGAUUGUGCGACUCCCAAUAUUUCGAACAGAGGACUAUAGUCCAGAGAUGAUGGCGAAACGAUAUGAGCUAUACGCUAGCGGAAAGACGGAGGCAUUCAUGGAGUUGUACUCACAAAUAAUGGACCACGGCGGACCAGCUUUUGGCGUAAUCUUCCGACACGUCAGAGACAAGCCAACCGAAGGCUGUAUAUUUCACUGCACAGCUGGCAAGGACCGAACUGGUGUUGUCGCAGCGCUUUUCCUCAAGCUGGCAGGCGUCGAUGACGCUCAGAUUGCUGAAGAUUAUGCUCUCACAAGAGUUGGACGAGAGCCUGCUCGGCAGAUGGUCAUGGCUCGACUAGCUCGAAUACCGAUGUUCGCGUCAAAUACACAGGCCGCACUCAACAUGUUGACUUCACGCUCCGAAACGAUGCUAUCGUUUUUAGAAUUAUUACAGAAACGCUACGGCGGCAUCGAGAACUAUCUGAAACAACACGCGCAGCUCUCGGAUGAGGACAUCGACACAGUCCGUAAUAAUCUUCUGAUACCUCAAUCCGAAUGCUAGAGUUAAAUCGCCUUACGCCUAGCGAACUGUGUGGGUAAUUAUAUAUAACCACCCAAUGUACAUAAUGAUACUGUAUCAUAAGGUAUAUGUAUUGUUCAUGACGUUACGUGAUGGAGUCUAUUCACUGAUCGGUCUUAUGAUAUCGCCCUAAAGUCGUAAUCCAGAGUUUCGAAGAAUAUAGGUCGUCAUCCUCAGCCUUUGCGUUGAAGGCUCGGUUUUCGCUGUGGCUGGCCAGACUGUGUCUGACCUGCGAACGUAGGGCUAUUUGGUGGAUGCGCCAAUGUCGCAGCUAGCAGGCCAGUCUGCCCGCGAGCCUUCGGAUUCAGCGGAGAUAAUACUGCUGAUGACCGCGAAGGUGGCCGAACCUGCCCCUCUCCACCCGUGACU